AUGAGACGAGGUGGCGUGCAACAGGUGUCACUAUUCCUCUCCGGCGAACGAGACUAUGCCCUCAUUAAGGGUUCCACUGGCCCGCUCGUCUACCCUGCUGUGCACGUCUACAUCUACUCUGUCCUUUACCGCAUCUGUGAUGAGGGUCGGGAUAUUGCUUUCGCACAAGUCGUGUUUGCGAUUCUAUAUAUUGCGACACUAGUGAUUGUGAUGUGGAGUUAUCGAUCUGCAAGGGCGCCGCCGUAUCUAUUUCCUCUGCUCGUGUUAUCGAAACGGCUUCAUAGCGUAUUCCUUCUCCGGCUGUUCAAUGAUGCGGUUGCGACAUUUUUCCUGUGGGCGGCUAUCUUGAUGCUGCAGAGAAGACAAUGGACUGCGGGUGUUGUAUUAUGGUCUAUGGGUGUGGGGGUUAAAAUGACAUUGCUGCUUAUAGCACCAGCUGUUGCAGUAAUCGUGGUGCUGGGUGCUGGUAUCAUCAAGGCUACUGGUUUGGGGAUCACGGCGUUAUUACUACAGGUGCUCUUUGCCGUCCCAUUCCUUCAAGAAAACCCUAGCAGCUAUAUGUUAAGAGCGUUCGAAUUCACACGGCAGUUCCUUUUCAAGUGGACAGUGAACUGGCGGUUCGUCGGCGAAGAUACUUUUACCUCUCAAUCCUUUGCGCUUGCAUUACUAGCUGUCCAUGCAUCGAUAUUGGCAUUAUUCUUCGGCUACUCUGCGCCCGCACCUUGCACUAUCAAUUUUUCGCGUAUCUUUCAUGGACAACGCCUUUUCUUCUCUGGAAGUCUGGAUUCCACCCGGUGCUUAUUUAUUUGCUUUGGGCCGCGCAGGAAUGGGCUUGGAACGUCUAUCCAAGCACAAAGUUAA